UCGCCCCGGGAGUAAACAGCGGCGACGACGACAACGACGUAAAAAAGGAGGGCACGCGCUUCAGGUCCAGUUGGGUGGUUCUGGACUGCACCGGGUUUUUCUUCCUCCUCCCGGACCCGUUUUUUCGCGCUGCCAGAAGGGGAAGGGAAAAAAACCCUGCGCAUUCCUCCACGCAGAGAGCCACAGAGAGGGGGGACCGACGCCGACUCAACGGGGGAACGGAGCGCUGUGACGCGGCCUCUUUCGCAAGGUCGGACCGCUGAAUUCAACCCCACGGAGGAUCUCGAUAGACGUGCCGCCGGAGACACUCCCUCCGCCGGCCCGUGUUGUAUGCGUGACGACCCGAGGCUCGCGAUGGGAUCGCUUUGAUGAAUAAUUCACGGUCUCGCGGUCCGAGGCUCGCCAACCGGCUCACCGACCGACCGUUGGCUGCGCCCGACGCCGCCUGAAUGGACCCCGAUGGUGGACUAGAGAGCGGAGCCACACGGGCCUGAAUUAAAAAGAGAAGGAGAGAGAAAGAAAAGGAAGAAGAAAACGAAUUAUUUAGAGGCUGUUUUGAAGUCAUGUUGCCGAGUCGGUGGGGGAGGAGAGACGGAGCCCCGAGUACUUCGAUCCAGUGUCACUCCAGUUUCGGGUUUAUUUUACGAGCCUGAACGGAGCACCAUCGGACACUUUUUUUUGUUUUGCCCACCGUGAUCUGGUCUUAUUCGAAAAAGUGACGUGGAUACCUCUCUCACACACACACACACACGCACACGCCUUACAGCAACUGAAUUGAUAUGCUUGAGUAUUUUUUUUAUUUGUUAGUGACUCCCAGAAAUACCCUUUUUGAAGAACUGCCUACCUCGCCUGGUCAGAGUUGUAUAACACACAGUUUUCACUGUUGACGUGACUUUAAUACCUCAUGAAUCUACCUCAAAUCCAACUUUAUUUUCUACGCGACUCAACGGGCCGAUGCGUGCCCCAAUAGAUACCUCGACCACAUCGCUGCGCCCGCUGUAAGCCGAGCCUGUGUGACGGUGCAGAUGGCUUCCUUCCCGGACUCGGACCUGCAGACCUGCCCGCUCUGCAAGGAGCUGUGCGGCUCCUCCGCUCCCAUUUCCUCCAGCUCCUCUACCUCGUCGUCUUCCUCGCACACCUCCUCCUCCUCCAGCCAGACCACCAGGAGGCUCCACGUCCUGCCCUGCCUCCACGCCUUCUGCAGGCAGUGCCUCGAGGGCCAGCGCAGCCCCGGGGACCCGCUGAAGCUGCGGUGCCCCACCUGCGACCAGAAGGUGUGCAUCUCCGAGGCCGGAGUGGAGUCCCUGCCUUCCUCCAACUUCCUCUUCAGCAACCUGCUGGACGUGGUGGUGAGCUCCGAGGAGCAGAUCCAGAACAAGAAUGGCCACCAUCACCACAACAACCAUCACAACCACCACCAGCAGCAACACCUCCACCACCGGGGGGGCUUAGGCGGAGGCUCCUCUGGCUUCCAUCACCCUCACGGGGGCCUCCUGCAUCCCGGCCACCUGGGAGAGCCCCAGUGCAGCUCCUGCGAUGAGGAGAACCCGGCCACCUCCCACUGCCUGGACUGCCAGGAGUACCUGUGUGACAACUGCGUGCGGGCCCACCAGAGGGUGCGGCUGACCAAGGACCACUUCAUCGAGCGCCUGGGGGAGAACCUCCACCUGGGCCGGGUCAACGUCAACAGCAACCCGGGUCAGCCGGGGGUCUCGGUGUCCCUCGCCCAGUCCCUGCAGAACAACUUCGCCCUGCUGUCCCUGUUCCAGGACCAAAUGAGCUUCUGCCAACACCAUGACAACGAGGUGUUCCUCUUCUUCUGUGAAUCCUGCUCGGUGCCGAUCUGUCGGGAGUGCAGCGUCGGCCGCCACGUGGGCCACACCUUCGUCUACCUGCAGGACGCCGUGCAGGACUGCAGGGCCAUCACCAUCCAGCUGCUGGCGGACGCUCAACAGGGACGUCAGGCCGUGCAGCUCAGCAUGGAGAAGGUCCAGGCCAUGGCGGAGCAGGUGGAGAUCAAAGCCAAGGUGGUGCAGACGGAGGUGAAGGCCCUGGUGCUCCGACACAAGAAGGCGCUGGAGGAGAGGGAGUGUGAACUACUGUGGAAGGUGGAGAAGAUCCGUAAGGUGAAGGCCAAGUCUCUGUACCUGCAGGUGGAGAAGCUCCACCAGAGUCUGACCAAGCUGGACAGCACCAUCGCGGCCGUCAGCCAGGUGCUGGACGAGGGCCGCCACCUGGACGUGCUGCUGGCCCGGGAGCGCAUGCUCACCCAGAUCCACGAGCUCAAGGCCCUGAGAGGCCUGCUGCAGGCGCAGGAGGACGACCGCUUCAUGUUCACGCCGCCGGACCAGGCUCUGUGCGUCGCCGUCCAGUCCAUGGGCCUCAUCAGCAGCGGCGCCUUCGCCCCGGUCACCAAAGCCCACGGCGAGGGUCUGAAGGUGGCGCUCCGCGGCAAGCCCGCCUCCUUCACCGUGAUCGGCUACGACCACGACGGCGAGCCGCGCCUCUCCGGCGGCGACGCGGUGUCGGCGGUCGUCAUGUCGGUGACGGACGGGAACCUGUCGGUCGCCGAGGUCACGGACCACCAGAACGGCUCGUACACCGUCGGCUACCUGCCCAAGUGCGAGGGGGAGCACCUGGUGUCGGCGCUGGUGUGCAACCAGCACAUCCAGGGCAGCCCCUUCAAGGUCAUGGUGAAGUCGAGGCGGAGCUACGGCGCCCUGGGCAACCAGGUGUCGUCCUUCGGCAGCGAGGGCGAGGGCGACGGCCAGCUGUGUCGGCCCUGGGGCGUCAGCGUGGACAAGGAGGGCUACGUGGUCGUGGCCGACCGCAGCAACAACCGCAUACAGAUAUUCAAGCCCUGCGGCGCCUUCCACCACAAGUUCGGCUCUCUGGGUUCUCGGCCGGGUCAGUUCGACCGUCCGGCGGGGGUCGCCUGCGACGGCCAGAGACGAGUCAUCGUGGCCGAUAAGGACAACCACCGCGUGCAGGUGUUUACCUUCGAGGGCCAGUUCCUGCUGAAGUUCGGGGAGAAGGGAACCAAGAACGGUCAGUUCAACUACCCGUGGGACGUGGCCGUCAACUCCGAGGGCAAGAUCCUGGUGUCGGACACCCGGAACCACCGCGUGCAGCUCUUCGGCCCCGACGGCGCCUUCCUCAACAAGUACGGCUUCGAGGGCGCCCUGUGGAAACACUUUGACUCCCCGAGGGGCGUGGCCUUCAACCACGAGGACCACCUGGUGGUGACCGACUUCAACAACCACCGGCUGCUGGUCAUCCGGCCCGACUGCCAGUCGGCCCGCUUCCUGGGCUCCGAGGGCACCGGCGACGGGCAGUUCCUGCGGCCCCAGGGCGUCGCCGUGGACCAGGAGAACCGCAUCGUCGUGGCCGACUCGCGCAACCACCGCGUCCAGGUGUUCGAGCCCAACGGGAACUUCUUAUGCAAAUUCGGCACGCAGGGGAACGGCUUCGGGCAGAUGGACCGCCCCUCCGGCGUCGCCGUGACGCCCGACGGCGUCAUCGUGGUCGUCGACUUUGGGAAUAAUCGCAUCCUCAAGUUCUAAAAAAAAAAAAAGAAAAAUGUUGUUUUUCUUUUUGUUGUUGCAUUCCCCCCCGUUUGCCCUUUUGCAGUUUUCUCGAAGGAAACGGGGGCGAGAGAAUAUGAAUCGACAGACGCGACGCGAGGCGAGUUCGGAGAGGGUUGAGAGCGCGUCGAAGAGAAGGGAAAUUAAAAGUAUAGAUUUUUAGUUUUCAUCUUCCAUCGCCGUAUUCCCAAUCAGAUAUCUGAGCGUAACCACGGGGACCUCGACACACCGAUAAUCAAUAACGAAGCCAUGUUUCCCUUCCUCGGUCUCAGCUGCUCUGAAUCCUCUCUGCAAACUCUCCUCCGUUAUCCAUCUCAGGGAUUUUUUCACUUUUUCUUCUCUCACGCCCCUCUGCUCCACACCUACCUCAUUUCGCUCUUUUAUGAAUGUACUCGCAGCCGCCGAGCAGAGGUUUAGUCCGUGAAGUUUGACGAAGAAGAAAAAAAAAAGUCUACCUCCUAUACUUUUUGUUAUUUAAAAAAGAGACGCAAAAAAAAAAGACCAAAAAGAAAGUAAUAAUAGACCUGUCGGUUGAUAUUUGCACAGGAUGAAAAGAAAUUCUUGCUGUGCAUUUAAAUAUUUUUUGUAAUUUUUUUUUUUUAAAUAUGAGUUGAAACCUCCUGAAUGUUGUUGCUGAGACGAUGCUCAGAUCAUGUGUCCUUCGCUAGGAGAGGAAACUAGGAGACUCGGGUACAGCCGUGUCCCCUCGUCCACGUCUUUGUGCGUCGGCCUGUUGUCUCGGGGUCGUGGUUAAAAGAAGAGCGCCACGCCAAACCAGAUGGAAUCGAGACGCCGCUCUAGCUUUACUGGCGAACGCUGAUUUGACGAAGAAAUAUCCAAAAAUUAUCCCUAAAAUAAGUUGCCCUCUAAGAAACUAUCAUCCAUAAUGAGACGGCCUGUGUCGAAGAAUGCAAGGAGAGCAGCGCCGCUGCCUCUGAAAAAAGGGGAGGAGCCACCCACCAGAGGAUUUUGGUGAUGGAAUUUUUCCACGAGCGAUCCUCACGUAGAGAUGUAAUCAUUUAAUGGAAUGACGCCCCUUUGUUGACGAGGCAUGCUGUGUGACAAAAGCCUCACGAGUAGACCCCCGACCCCAAUGUGGCCGUCCAGAGGACAUUAACGACAUCGAAUUGAAGGCCUGACAUUACAAUCCUCUUUGGAUUUUAGAUGGGUGGUUGAAAGCCACGCCCCCUCGGCUCCCAGGGCCUGGGGGGGGGGGGUUAGUCCAAUGAGAGAGGGGGUGUGAUCACUAAGCCCCGCCCUAUUUAUUGACUGAGCGCUAGGCUAGGAGACCGCUUCCUCUAAAGAUGGAGGUCUGUAGACCGACUUCUGGAGUCCAACCAAAGUUAGAAUCUCUGCACAAACUGUGGAUUUGGAGAUUUUUUUAAAGAAACUUAAAUAAAAAUGAAAUUUAGAAAAAGCAACAACAAAAAUUAAAAAUUCAGAAAUAAUCAUUGUUGCUGGGAGUUGAGUUCCCGUGUCCGUGUGGCCCGGGUCCUCUCGCAUCCCACGACCUGUUGCAGAGAUGUUCUUGUGUAGAGAAGCUCCACACACACACACACACACACACAUUUCGCUGUUAGGCUCCACGUAGCAUCUGGCUUUCGCCUUCGCAUCCCAAUCUAAUUAAUUUACCGUGGACACUACUAACUCUUUGUGGUGGACGCAUGGCGGGGGUUUUGAACCCCCCCCCCCUUUUUUCCCGUUUGCCCCUUUUUUGUUGUUGUUGUUCAUUCCGCGUUCCACCGGAAGCACUCGACGACGACGCGUUUCCCUCGGCCGAGAGCAACGAAUCUCCUCCCGGGACCUAAGAAACGUCUCACCGACGGGCCCUUCACCUGUGAGGGGGGGGCCCGUCUGCACACGACCCGGAUCCACGCGGUCACGUCUCAGACUCGGUCUCGCUUUUUUUUUUUUUUUUUUUUUUUUAUGACCUUUUUUCCUCGUAUAUAUAUACCUCGUCUCCUGAAUACCUCAAGUGUGUCACUCACAGCUACUGUGCAGAUAGAAACUCAAAUACCUCGACUUGUUACACAUUCUGAAUACCUCAUUUUUACUCUUUAAAAAAAAAAAACAUUUUAUUUAAGCAUAUACCUCGUUGGAUAUUUAUGCAUUCACGGAUAUACCUCAUUCUUUGAAUCGUCUCGUGUUACAGUGCAGUACGUGUCCCCCGCAGCUCGAGGACCAAAGAUCAUGGUACUGUCCGGAAGGGAAGUAACAUUUUUAUUUUGUUUUUGGGAGUCACCCCUCCAUCUUGCAGCCCCCCCCCCCCCCUCUUCUGGUUGGUUGAAUCUACUGUAAAGUGUCCGGUGAACUCUGCCUUUUAUCGUCAAGAAACCAAAUAUUUCAGAUGAAAGCAUUGUGCCAAAAAAUAAAAAAAGAAGAUCCGCGAGAGGUUCUGUGCCAAUUGGGGGUCGGCGCCACCGGACCCUCGGACCACGGAUGCAAAAACGUGAAAUCGGAGCCGCCGAGGACGACUCCUCUCUCGCUCUCUCUCUUUCCGAUUGAUGCACUCAAGAGGGCUGGGCCCGAUGUAUCUUUACCUCAUAACGACGGAACGAACGAGCAGCUUCCACUUGUACUUUCCAGCCGUGCACAAAGGGUGAGGGCGAGGGGGCGUGGCCUCUCUUAAAGAGACGAGAACUUCACGAAUCCGCCUUAACGCUACACGUAUUACCUCCGGGAUUUUUUUCAGCACAAGUUACCGAUUUAUAUAUCUCCGUGUGGGUUUUUGUCGGCGUGGGACCUCGAGACGAGUCUAAACUCAAUCAUUCUGCGGCGGCUUGAGCGGCAAAGAAAACGGCGUGCGGCGUCGGAUCGACGGCGCGGUUCCUUAUUAUUCUUUCGGCGGAGCCGUCGGCACAUUGACGGCGAGCCGGUUUGAUUCCACGGACCCAGCGGGCUUUUUGAACUCGGCGCCUAGUUUUAACCGAUGAGAUUGUCGAUUUUUUUUGGUGCUCUUUUUUGUCGCUUUUCAGUAUUACUCUGAAACGUUUCAUUCAUCUGUUUUUUUCGUCUUUUUUAAAAUGUUCAUUUAUUAAAGUUGCAGAAUUCUAUCUUUAAGAUCCUUAGAUCUUCGCUCUUAAAGAGGGAAAAGAAAUGUAUUUUAAACUUCUUUUUGGGGUUUUUUUUUCUUCAUUUUGUUGCAUGCUUUAAAAAGUCUGUUAUAUCGACGUCUCUCAGAUAGGUGUUGAAAAAAAAACUCAGAUGGGGUAGGGGACGAUUGGGAUGGGAUGGUUUUUUUACCAAAAUAUAUACCCAAAGGUGUGUGUGUGUUAGGAUUGCGUUGGAUGGGCUUAACCUUUGACCUUUGCGAUUGUAUUUCCUGUUCUUGAGUCUCUGCAGAGCACAACCUGCUCAGCCAGCGCAGGAACCAGUGAGGGCAGAUUUUUCUUCCUGGCGUGCCCCUCCACCGUUAGUGCUGACUCGACUUAAAUCUCCCUCCUCGUCCACGUGGCUCGACGUCUUAACGCAUCGUCCGCUCACGCUCGAGCUCGAGGUACCUCCUCACCUGUCGUGAGUCUGUGAGGAGCAGCACACGCACGCAAGCAACCGGCUUCCUCCCUCUUCUUCUCAUAGGAAACGGGGGGGAGUGCGGCGAUGGCUGCUGAGCACGUUAUCGGUCGACUGCACUCCUGUUCGCUGUUUUUUUUUUUUUUUUGGGGCCCCUUUGGUUUUUUUUCCUCUUAUUUUUUGGUUCACCAUUUUUAUUGCUGGCCUCUCGCAGCUUUAAGAGAAUAAGCAAAGCUGCACCAGGUGACGUGUGCAAAGGUCGUAGACCUCCUUUUUAAAAUGAUUGUGUACUCUAAAGACGGACGGAAAAAAAAAAGUUGGAAAAUUUAGAAAGGAAAAAAAUAUAUAAAACUCAGGUAGUUCUCAGCAGCCCUGCCCUGCAGGUGUCUCAUUGAAACGUGUCCCGUAGUGAUGUAGUAGUGCCCCCCCCCUCUCUUCUUCUUGUUAUGAACUCUCAGUACUAGUCUAAUUCUUUUUGUGUGCUCAUUUACAUAUUAUAAAACAAUUUAUUUCUAAAUCUGAAAUGAUGCUUUCGAUUAGUUUCUCCUCUGAUUUAAAAUUAUUUUUUUUGGUGCCAAUUUUUUUCUUUUUUCUUUUACAAAAUAAAAAAAAGUACAAAUGCUUACACACAAGCGCCACUUGAUGCUCAUCGGCCCUUUUAGAAUGUAUUUUGUGAAGAAAAAGGUCACAUGGGGAUCAUGUUGACGCUCGACCGCUACACAACCAGCUGCUGGGACGACGCACAACACACGCAUUCGGGGUUAAAUGUUCCACGCCGGCGACACCGCGGCCGUUUCUCUAAGCCAGCUCCAACAUGGCGUCCAAAGCUCUAUUGUUGUUGUGUCCAGUUCUCCCGGCAGCCGGUUGUGUGCGGACGUGUUGUGUUUGUGCGCUGCAUCUGUGUUUGUUGAGCAGAGAUCCACUGAAUGUAUCCUCCUGACAGUCCAAGAGGCAGAUGGCGACCAGGGUGGCCUGCUGAGUUUAGAUGGUUGCUGCUGGCGCUUCCUCAUCCAGGCUGUGUGUGUGUGUGUGUGUGUGUGUGUCUGUGUGUGUGUGUGUGAUUGAGUCCAACCUUGUCUCCCUCUGAACACACACUCACACUUCCUGCUGAGUUCAAGUGCAGAUGUCAGGUCUUUAGUCUAAAUAAGGCGGAGGAGACUGUAAUAUAUUGGCCCCCUGCUGCUCUCUGUGCUCUGUGGACUUUAAACAUUUCCUAUGCAGUUUUUUUUUUUUUUUUUUUGUUUACACUUAAAUAAAGUUGUAUUUCUUUUUGACU